AUGAAGCCCUUAAGCUGCGAUGCGGUGGAAUAUCGGCAUCCAAUUUUGUUCAAAACGGAAUUGUACUUUCAUCAGCGACCAUUUUCUUCAACAUACGGUGGAGCGGCAGCGGGCCCACCGUCUGCCUCUGAGCCAUCAAACUAUUCGGAACCACAUCUAGGGUGGCCUGACGGUGGGGAAACGAAUGUAGAGUGCACUUUUGCAAAAGCAACGCAAGCUGGAGAGCACAAUAUCAUGACCUCUGACCUCUUCGAUGUGUCGGAACUCGAAGAAGGAAAGUCUCUAACUGUAGAGCAUUUGAAUGCGGCAAUCCAGACAAACGGGGCCACAUUAGUACGGCUUCGGCCUUUUGGGCGAUUUGGCCGUUCACCGUUGUUGUCACCCCAUCGUGAAGUGUGUAAUGAGGGGCGGUCGCCGCCUUCUUGCGUUCCACCUUCACCAAAUGGUGUGCUUCGGACUGCUUACUUCAAGACUGGGAAGGGUGAGUCAUUGCCGAUCUGCUUUCUUGAAAGCUGUGAGCGUACUCCCACAUAA